CAGUUGGGUCCUCGGCUUCGGAUUGGUCGCAACUACUUCCGCUUUGCAAGGGGGCCGGGUCGUGGCCCUGGUAGAGGGAACGGAGACUGAAACCGCUGGCGGCAUGCCGGGUCUGGGAGUGGGUUCGGGGCUCUCGGGCGAGCGAGGGUUGUUAGAGCAGGAGGCCGGUGUGGACACGGAGGCGGCGGAUCUCCUGCCAUUUCUAAAGCCCGGCGUGCGGGCAGAGCUGCAGGCUGUCGCGGCGCAGCACGUGUUGGCGCUCACUGGUUCCGACUCGGGCCGUGCGCUGUUGGCAGGACAGGCAGAGCUGCUGCGGGCUCUUGCCGAGCUUGCGGUGGCUCCGGCCCCAGCUCCUUCCCGCGACGCUUCCCGCGCGCUCGUGAACUUGGCUGCUGACCCCGGCCUGCACCGGCAGCUGCUAGCGGCGGACACGGAGCUGCCUGCCCGCUUGCUGAGCUGCGUGUUGGACCCUCUAUGGCCCUGGGCUGAAGAGGCGGCAGCGGUACUGGCCAAUCUGAGCCGCGAGCUGGCGCCGUGUGCUGCGUUGAUGGAGAAACUGAUGGUCUCUGAGACGGAGCGCCUGGGUCUGGAGCGGCUGGUUGACGCGCUGUGCACGCCCAGCUACAAUGUGGCCGCACCCCUGCAUUACCUGGGUCCGCUGCUCUCCAACCUUAGCCAGCAGGCGGAGGUGCGUGCUUUUCUGCUGGACCAGGACAGGUGCGUGGUCCAGCGGCUGCUGCCUCUUACCCAGUACCCAGACUCCUCGGUGCGGAGGGGAGGAGUGGUGGGAACACUUCGGAAUUGCUGCUUCGAGCAUGGGCUGCCUGUUGACCUGCAGUACUUGCCACCAGACAAACAGCGAGAGCCAGAUGCUGACAUCCGGAAGAUGCUCAUUGAAGCCAUCAUGCUGCUGACAGCCACUGCGCCUGGUCGGCAGCAGAUACGGGACCAGGGUGCCUACUUGGUCCUUCGAGAGCUACACAACUGGGAGCCAGAGCCCGAUGUGCGAAUAGCUUGUGAGAAGCUUAUCCAGGUGCUUAUUGGUGACGAGCCAGAGGUUGGCAUGGACAACCUGCUGGAGGUGCAGGUGCCUGAAGACGUGGAGCGACAGCUGCAACAGCUAGACCGGCAAGAACAGCUAGAGCUUGCUCAAGAGCUAAGAGACAAGGGUGCUCCACGGACUUGAAGCUCCUUUGGCCGAAGUGCCAGCUCCAUAUCUACCUUUGCCAGGGUUCCUUCAGGGUUCUAGGGUAAAUACCCAGUAAAUGUUGAGAAGCUCAAGGACACUGCCCAUUCCUGUGCCCUACUGCACCCGGCAAGAAUGCAGGCUGUUCAGUGCUGCACUGUUGAGCUGGAGGUGGCCAGGUCCUGUGCCGUAGCUGCUUAUAUAUGAGGCAGGUAGCUGAUGGCCACUGGAGCUGUGAGAAGCCUUUUCCCGGAUUGUGGUAGGGCUGGACCAAAAACAUUGCAAGCCAUGGGCAGCCAACUAGAGCUUUUCAUUCCUGAAGACACUGAAGGAUCUGAACAUGAGUUGGCUUAGUGGUGCCAACCGUGCUAUAAGCCCCAACCUUUGGAGUCCUUUUGCUUUCCUUUGCCCAAGACACCCUUGGAAGACAAACCACACUUGAAUCCUAGGAUCUUCCUAGGAUGCUCUGCCCUUCUAGGCCUGUCUUUGGAUCACUGCUGGGUACUGUUUCUCCUUCGCUAUCUCUCUUUCUCUGCUCCGCCCGUGAUACUGGCCCCUGCCUUUAGUCUUUGGUUAGCCUCCUUAGUCCCAGGUUGAAUUAGAGUUAGCCAUUUAGAUAGAAUGUGCUCCUCAGUUAGCUUCCUUGAGCAACAGUUGCCUUUCAAGUCCCUCCUACUGGUCACGCCUUGCCUACCUCUGUAGAGAUUCUCCUGGGUGUUCCUGAAGCAUUUAUUCUUAUACACUCCUACCCCCAAUUUAUGGAGCCUACUCCCUCUAUACAGCCCUUCUUCCUCAUUCUGUAGAUAACCAUGGCAAAUCUUGCCCCACUGUGUCCCCCUUUUUGAGGCACAGAUCUUGAUCCACCUUUGUGAAGCUUUUGUAUGCUGUUCCCUCUCAGCAGUGGGUACUCCCAGGUCCCAGGGGCCCAUAGUCUUCAUGGGAAUUUGCAGUGUUCCACUCCAUAUCUCUGAAGCUGGAAAAAUGCUUUAUGUGUUGUUA